CGUUCAAAUUCAAAAUGAAAAUUCAGGUUUCGCCGUUCGGACGUUCACUUUGAAUUUUGCUGCCCAAGUGCUGUGUAGUUAAGUCGGAAUAUUUCGUGCAGUUCUCGUCGACGUCGUGUGACAUUUGUUCUUCAAUUCAGAAACGCAUAUUGAAACACAGCGAUAAUACAAGUUACGAAUAUUCAACAAAACCAAAAAAAAAAAAAAACAAAAUAAAACCAACCAAUUAAAAUUAAAAAUUCAAAUUCGCUUCAAAAAUAUAUAUUACAAAUAUAACAACCAAUUUAAUCAAAACCAAAUUCGCCACAAAAAUCGCAAACAAAGUUUACAAAAUUCGUUUACUCAAUCCCAUAACACAAAACAAAAAAAAAAAAAAAAACAAAUUACAACUAAUGCAAAUAUAUAACUGUUAAAAUCUAAACGAGCAGAAAAAUCAGAGAGAAAAAAAAAUAAAAGAGAGAUAGAGAAGAACACGCGUGUGUUUAAAUACUGGAAAAAUACAGAUAAGAUAAAUUAUUAUAAACACUAAGCCAUACACACAUUGUAGCAGGCUAAACCACACGAAAAAUACAAUAAAAUCAAUAAGUAACAAGUACAGAAAAGACAGUUCAAGUGAAAUACCGAAACGAAACUUUACAAAAAAGUGCUUAAAAAUAUAAACAAAAAAAUUGGAAAACUCAGACAAAUAAACAACGGUCAUUUUCAGAGGAAGAAAAACCGAAAAGCUUCCAGAGAAUCGGUGAAAAUCGUUAACAAUUUUUUCUCGCAAAGGCGCCACGUCCAAGAGCAAAUCGUUCCAUAUGGUUCAUAUUAUUGAAUUGGUCGGCCAGCCGAAGGUUGAGUUUGCUCAACAAGUUACUAUGAACCGUGCUUUACAGCUGAAGCCAGCUGAAAAUGAAAGUCGCAGCGAGCAUUUAGAUCGCAAGCUGUUCGUUGGCAUGCUCAGCAAACAACAGACCGAAGACGAUGUUAGACAAAUCUUCCAUCCGUUCGGCACUAUAGAGGAGUGCACCAUACUGCGUGGCCCGGACGGAGCUAGUAAAGGCUGCGCUUUCGUCAAAUUUGGUUCGCAGCAGGAGGCCCAGUCAGCAAUAACCAACCUACACGGAAGUCAAACUAUGCCGGGUGCAUCCUCCAGUUUGGUCGUCAAAUACGCCGACACGGAGAAGGAGCGACAAAUAAGGCGCAUGCAGCAAAUGGCCGGUCACAUGAAUCUGCUGAAUCCGUUCGUCUUUAAUCAGUUCAGUCCGUACGGCGCCUACGCUCAGCUUCCCUCUCCACCGGAACUGCAGCAGCAACAGCAGGCCGCCUUGAUGGCCGCCGCCGCCACGGCCCCCGGCUCCGCCGCCGCCUACAUGAACCCCAUGGCGGCCCUGGCAACGCAGAUACCUCACGGCCUCAACGGCACCGGGCAGCCGCCCUCGCUGCCCUCGCCGACCAUGCCCAACUUCAACAUGGGCGCCAACACGCCCAACGGACAGCCCGGCGGAGCGGCCGCCGCUGCCGCCGCCGCGGACGGCGUCUUUACGAAUGGCAUUCCACAAACGGCAUUCCCAGGACCCACUGAACUAUUUCUUGCAGAUCCGCUGCACUUGACUAUACCGCCACAAGGUUUGCCAAACGGCGAUGCUGCUACGCUGCAACAUGCCUUCCCUGGUCUGCCACCGUUUCCAGGAGUUGCCUUUCCCGCCGUCUAUGGACAGUUUCCACAAGCUUUACCACCUCCCCUAGCGGCGGUUGCACCCACUCAGCGUGAAGAUUUUCUGAUGUUCCCAGGAUGUUCGAUAUCCGGACCCGAGGGCUGCAAUCUCUUCAUCUACCAUUUGCCCCAAGAGUUUGGCGAUGCCGAAUUAAUGCAAAUGUUCCUGCCAUUUGGCAAUGUGAUCAGCUCCAAGGUCUUCAUUGAUCGUGCUACAAACCAGAGCAAAUGUUUCGGUUUUGUUUCAUUCGAUAAUCCCGCCAGCGCUCAAGCGGCCAUUCAGGCCAUGAAUGGCUUCCAGAUUGGCAUGAAAAGACUGAAAGUUCAAUUGAAGCGGCCAAAGGAUGCCAGUCGACCCUAUUAACAAUCGGAGUUCCUUAAACGCAAUUCACAACAACAAAUACAACAAAUACAACAACAACAAAUACAGCCAACUGGAGCAAGAACAUCAGCAACAACAGCUUUGCCAACAACUAACGCAUUUUCCACACCGGCAGCAACUUCCGCAUCGGCGACAGCGACAACAACAGCAGUCCACUAUAAUAACCACCUUGGGAGCAGCUUUAGGCCAACUUUAACCAAUGGAAAUCCUCACAACCACAACCACAAUGCCCAUAUGCCCUAUACGUUUGCCAGCUGGCGCAGUGGCACCUAUUGUUAUCACAACAACAAUAAUAACGACAACUGCAGCGACAACAACCACAACAACAAUAGAAUCGAUCCUGACAACCAAUCCAACGAUCCACCCAACACAAAUUGCUCCAAAGUGGAACUAGUCGAGAAACUAUUCAUGUGGCAACAGCAGAAGCGAAAGGCCUAAAGGCAACACAUCAACGUCAACCACAACAGCAACCACAACAACUGCAGCUACAAUAAAGAGCAACUAUUGAUGGGAUGGUCGUCCGCCAUGCUAUGUGAAAACGAUUAUAGAAAUUAAAAACAUGCAAAGCGUAUGUAAAAAAAAAAAAAUAAAAAAUAGAAAACAAGAAAAAUGUAAAUUAAAAAAAGAAAACACCUUAGAGCUGAAAAAUGGAAUAGAUUUAUAUAUAUAAUAUAUUUAUAUAUAUUUAUCCGAUGAUACAUUCAACUGAAUGCAGUACAGAAGUACACACAAAAAUAAUAAGAGAAAACCAACAAAAAACAAACCAAAUUAUAAAAUUGAGAAAUACAGAAAGAAUGACAGAAUUUUUGCCAAAAUAUCGAUUUAAUAAAAGUAUAUAUUUAUAGAAGCAAGGAACAAACAUUGAUAUUGAUAGUUUUGUUAACAACUAAAGAACAAGAACAUUGCACACCAGUACACUCACACACAGAACACAAAACUUGAGACAAAAACUGACUGGCAAGAGACCAAAAUUAUCUGGGUUUUCAAAUAAAAAAAUAAAAAAAAACAAAACAAAA